AUUUCGAUCUGUCCCUAAUGUAAAAUGAUUGAGCAAGCUUCACUGGUUUGCGGGCUAUUCAAUGGAAAACGAAAGCUAUUACUAUUCUCCCAUGGCGUCCAGCAGCGUAAAUGACCCUAGUCAAGGGAACAGCUACCAGGAGAACUUCAGCUGCUCUGAGAGUAACUCUGAGGGCAGUGCUACAGAAGAGGAAUCAGACAGUGAUGCAGCAGGAACCCGGGAGGAUCAGGAAGAGCCUUGCCGGUACUACAACAGUGGUCACUGCCGGGAUGGGAAAAGGUGCCACUACCUACACGUCUGCAAAUACGCACUGAGAGGCAACUGUCGCUAUGGAGCCAAGUGUCGCCUCAAGCACCUCAGCUCCUCCUCUGACAGAGAUGGAGGUAGUGGGAGGAGGGAAAGGAGGAGGUCUUUAUCUGGAGGGAGAAGAGGAGGCGGUGGGAGAGAAAGGAGGAGGUCUUCAUCUGGAGGGGCUCAGCGUGACAUUAGCGGGCCAUACAAAUGGCAGUUGGAAGAUGGACAUGGCUGGACAGACAUAGCCAACGAUCACAUUUUGGAGGGACAGUACUCCCAACCCAACAUUAAGGGCAUCAAUAUCUACAACACCCCCUACGGCAAAGUGAGUAUUGAUUUCAAGGCGAUGAGAGUCCGCGGUAAGAAUAAUCUGAGAGUGAGGCGUUUGGAUGGUCAGCAGACAGAGUGGAUCUGGUUCUACUCAACUCGCAAAGGCUGGACCAAGUAUGGAGAAAAGGAUUCCAAGGGAAACCCAGGCCCCAUCCAGAGUUCUGAGAUCGAGAAGAAAUUCCAACGCAACCGUAACGGUUCUCUUACGUUCAACAUCGGCUCUGAUAUCUUCAAGAUCCGAUUCAGACAAAUGAGACAGGUGAGCAGCAAGAGGAAGAGGAAAGUUGUCCGUCGUCCAAAGUACCAACCACCUCAAAGCGGAAAUCUAAUUGUGGGCCAGAGUGAAUCUCCAGAGUGGCAGUUUGGGGGGAAAAGUGGGCGCUGGCACACCUUCAAAGACAGUGCUGACAUUGAAGACCAGUACCAGAAGGACUUCAAUGGAUCCAUGUCCUUCACUGUCAACGGACAGGCCUACAAGCUGGACUUCUCAGCCAUGAAGCAAACCAACCAGUCUACAAGUGUGACGCGCAACAUCAGGCGUGUCAAGAGAUGUCAUUACGUGGGUUUGGCAAUAGUUAUCUGGCAGGUCUAUAUAGAUUUUGAUCAGAUUGAGGCUCAAAAUGCUGCCAUGAGUGUACGGCGACUCACGUUCCUACCUCAGGCUCAAAGUGAAGACAUCGGGUGGUAUUUCAAAGACGAUCUAAUAUGGCGUGAAUACGGUUCUUUGGGUCCAGGUCAGGGCUCGUCCUCAGUCAGUAGUGGUGAUGUGGAACGACAGUACAUCCUCAGACCUCAGGGGACCUUCCACUUCACUGUGGGGAGCACCAGCUACACCUUAGACUUCACAGCUAUGACACAGACCAAUGCAGCCACCCGGGUACAGAGAAACGUCCGGCGGCGUCCAAAGUUCAACUCCGUCGUCUCAGGGAACGGCAGCGUAUCCAUUGCCCAAUCAGCCCCCACCGUAAUUGCCUCACCACCUCCCUAUGCUGGCUACACCUGGGAAUUCAUGGGCAAGGAGGGAGUGUGGAUAGAAUACCAGACUCCAAGUUGCUCACUGGGGAGUGCUGGGAUUGAGAGACGCUACCAGAAAAACCCUAAGGGACAGAUACGCUUCAAAGCUGGGAGAUAUUCCUACACCCUCGACUUCUCAGGCAUGUGUCAGACCAACGUUCGCAUCGGGACCAAAAGAAUUGUGAGGAGAACUCAAUGUGAAGCUCAACAAACAAGCAGUGGAGGAUUGGGUUUACAGUCCCGUUGGCAGUUUCAAGACGUGGAUGGAAGCUGGAAAGACUUUGCCAAAAGAAGCGACACCUGCAGUGUAUCCAGCCAGGACAUUGAAGCCCAGUACCAGCAGAACCCAAAUGGAACUAUGAACUUCACUACCAGAAGAUUCAGCUAUCAACUGGACUUCUCAGCCCUGACCCAAAGAAACCUGUCCACUCAGACCACCCGAUCUGUUCGACGCCUGAACUAAUCACUGCCCACGACACUGUCCUCUGUCAGGGGCGAAGUGCAAUACCCUGGCAGUGGAGGUUGGUGGGAGGAGCUAUAGGAGGACGGGCUCAUUGUAAUGGCUGGAAUGGAAUAAAUGGAACGGUAUCAAACACAAAAACAUGGAAACGUUUCACUCCGUUUCUUUUAUCCCACCAGCCUCCACUGUACCCUGGGUGCAUCUCAAUUGUCUAAAGUGGCUUCCUCUCCACUCCAUUUCUUCAUGUGCACAGUGAAGACGAAGUCACUGUCCGGUACUGAGAUGGAACCCCUUCCAUUCCACUUCCUCCUAAAAAUGAAACUUGUUUACAUAUGUAUUCAUGGAUUUCCUGUUAUGUUUUUUGACAUUGUGCAUAUACUUAAAAACCAAUACUGGUAUUAGAAAAGUAGCUUCUGACAAUCUGCACAAUAUUUUUUUUUUUAAAUGUGAUCUGUAGAAAGAACCCUCUCACUGCCAAUGGUACAAAAGGAACAAGCCUUUUGUACAUGUUCUAGCAUGUACAUUUUCUCAUUGUCUUUAGUUUGAAUAAAGGUGAUUUUCAAGUA